GCAGCAAAGUGUGUGUCAACCAGAGAAGAAAACCACCGAUGCUAACUGCAGCAGGUGAAGGAGGUUUGCUGGGAAGCAAUCUGACCUGGAAAACAUUUUGAGUUUUACUGCAACAUUUACAAAAGCUGCAAAUCAACAAGUCGGCCUGGAGCCAGCAGUCUGCCAGAAGUUAAGGACCGACUCUUUGACCUCCCUCCCCCCUCACCAAGCUCCUGUCCAAACGUUCGGGCCGAUCUUCACCCCCCGGCUGGGCAUCAGCAUGACAAAGCACUGGCCGGAGCCGACCCUCUCGGCACCACCCGCUCUGCCCCACUGUGGAGAACAUCUCGACCAUCACCUUGACUUCCACAGAGAUGCGCAGCAGACUUGUCUUCACAGCGGAGUAGUGCGGAGCUCUGCAGCCCAGCAUUGGCCUCACCACAUGGUUCAUAUGGUUCCUCAGCAGCGCUUGGAUAAACCCACUGCGCUUCCCGAUCACAUCACCAGCGCCACAGCAUUCAUGGAUAAAACCGUACCACCGGGUUCAGCCCACCCAAACCCACAAGAUGCCCACUUUAAACAGGAAAAUAUUUCCCAGGAGUCGUGGAAUGGUGACCGGGAAAAGAGUAGCAGCAGCGGGGGGAAGAAGAAGAACUAUCAGCGGUAUCCAAAACCUCCGUACUCCUACCUCGCUAUGAUUGCUAUGGUCAUCCAAAGGUCGCCGGACAAGAAGCUUACGUUAUCUGAGAUCCUGAAGGAGAUCAGCACCCUCUUCCCAUUCUUCAAAGGAAACUAUAAGGGUUGGCGGGACUCUGUGCGACACAACCUCUCCUCCUAUGACUGCUUUGUGAAGGUGCUGAAAGACCCCGGGAAGCCUCAGGGAAAAGGCAACUUCUGGGCUGUGGAGCUGAGCCGCGUCCCCCUGGAGCUGCUGAAGCGGCAGAACACGGCGGUGUCGCGGCAGGAUGAGACCAUCUUCGCCCAGGACCUGGCCCCCUACAUCCUGCAGGGACACAAGAUUGAAACUGAGCCACCUCCACCACCUGCGCCCGCCACCCACCUCCCCAUCGUACGCUCCAGAAACCCCUCCCCGCCUCAGGAGGAUUUGUACCGGCCCAAGCUGGACUCCUCCUUCGCCAUCGACUCCCUGCUGCACAGCCUGCGGCCCCCGAGUGCCUCAGAUGUGGAUCAGUCAACCAGGGACUGCUGGGGGAAGGCGGAGCGCCCUCGGUCUUCACCUCCUUGCCCUCGCUACGCCUCCUCCGCCCGCAGCGCGUCGGCCAGCUCCGCCAGCCCGGCCUCCACCUCCUCGUCGGAUGAGGAGUGGAAGGGGAUGUCUGGGAAACGUGUCACUGUAGACGGGGAGGCGGGGUCAGAUGGCUACGACGACUACAGACCCCCUCUGCACAAAUCAGCCCGACGGGACAUCUCUGCUCCCCCAUGGGAACUCCCCACCUCCUACGCCAAAUAUGCUCCUCCUAAUGCUGUAGCCCCCCCCAGCAUGCGGUUUAACGGGGGUCCUCUAAUGCCCCUGCACAGCGGACUCCCGUUGUACGGCUAUGGCAGCUCUCCUGUGGCUCCGGGUCACUUUUUAGGGCACGCUUAUUGGCCCCUCCUCCCCAGUGGACGGGUUUCUGUCCAAGCCCCCCCACUCAUUAUGGACCUGGACAACAUGUUGCAAUCAGUGCCGCCCAAUAAGAGUGUGUUUGACGUGUUGGUGCCCACUCAGAACUCACAUCACCAGUCACCCAGUCAGUACACCCUGCAGAGCGGGCCCCAUCUGAACCGGUACCCUCAGUACUGACUCACUGACUAUGACCUCUGUGGAGCAGGACUAUAAGAUGAACCACACAGGAAGUCCGCCUCAAUCACUUCCUUUAAGACAAGAAACGUCCACAUAUGAACUACAGAACUACCUCGUGUUUUUAAAAGGAUCAAACGUCUUUAUUUUUUUAUUAAAUGUCACUAAUUCCCCCUGUUGUUUGUCAUCAGUGUGUGCAGUAUGGUUUAUUUGGGGGAAAUGUGCCACAAACAGCUAUACAACAAAUCGAAUCUACCUCAGGCUCACUGCCGAUCUAAGUUGCACUGUUUUUUAUUGCCAUGAUUCUUUUUUCAUAAAAUUGCUUUUGUAUGUUGUCUACCUCGACGCUGAAUGUAUCUCUGGAAUGAAUCUUGAAUUUUGAAGUUUUUCCCAUGUCAGUGUUUGAACAGACACUCCAGGGUCGGACAUUUACCUUAAUGUUCGUUCUUGUCUGGACUGUCUCAGUUACAUUUGGCCAUGUAAUUGUCUUAUUCCAUUUGUGUUUGACCAAGAAAACAUCAUUUUUUAUGUGUCUGUCUGUGAAAAUGCUGCCAGUAUCUACCUCAGGUUUUGAAUGCAUCCUGUGGACUUUGCACUGCCUGUUUUUUGCACUAAUGUCAUUAUGAUCUUCUUCCAGAUGAAAUUGCUUGUGAUGUCGGCCUGCCUCGACGGCUGAAUGUUUUGUUGUUUUUUUAGCCGUUUUUCCUGUGGUCUGGUUAAAGGUUUGUACAGUAAUGAGCUGAAGGGAAAACAGCUCAAAGUAUUAUAAGACGGAAGAGGAGUUGA